AAAUCGAUCCAGGUCAAAUCCCUAGAAUACUCGUCGCCUCUCCCGCAUGGGAACCAAGCACACCAGCCGCGGCCCCAAGUGGCGGCGACUGCAGGCCUACGCUGUCCGCACAUUCCCGCCGGGAUGCAGUCCAUCGGCCGGGUACCCCUCCGGUUCCAGCUCCGCCACCGACGAUGGGGGGCUGGACGAGGGCUCCUCUCCGGAUAUCGCGCCUGCGGAACGAGGGCCGGUGUCUGAUGGGACAGGCGCGUCGGAGCCUUCGCAGGGGGGUUUGGAUGAGACGGAGGCGUCUGGUGCUGAGGAGCUAUCCCUUCCCGAGAAGCGCGAUCGUGAUUCGCGGAAGAACACUGCUUCGCGCAUCCGGAUCUUCCCUCCUGGCUGUGGUGCCAACAAAUCGACCGAAGAGGGGCACUUUCAAUGUGCUUCAGUUUCCCAGGCCGAGAAUUUGGAUGGAGAAUCAACAAAGGAAGACGAAAGCGGGUCGAACUCGCGUGACCUCAACGCUUAUGGAGCUACUGUUGAAUCUGCAACCAUUGUAAGUGAAUUUGGCGAGAUAGAACAGCCGUCACAAUCUGGAAAGAAGGUGUGCGAUAGCCAAAAGAGAAAGGUUUCUGAGGAUCCAGAGCAAGGCGCGGUUGACAUCAACAAGCAAACACCUGUAAGCGAGGCUAGUGAGAAGAAUGUAUCAUCUAGAUCGACAUAUGAGGAGACACUGGAGGCGGAGAGGAAGAAGCGGUCUUUACUGAAACAGCAAAGACAAUCUGGGAAGAAGGUGGGCAGUAGCCAAAAGAGAAAGCUUCCUGAGGAUCCAGAUAAAGGCGCGAUUGACACCAAGAAACUGACCAAUGAAGAUGGUUCCUCGCAAUCUCCUGGCAAGACAGCGAUUGUUUUUGGUGUCAUGGCUGCUCAGAACUGUCCCUGGAGAAAUGGAAAAAGGUCUCGUGUAAGCAAGCCCCAAUUAGGGACGAGACCCAAAGGGUGGAAGGGUCAAAGGGGCUUAUAGGUGUGCUGACAGCAACUAUGCUCUUGGAUUUCACUUUGCCUUAUAUUUAGGGAAUUGGAAAAUGAUAGCCCUUGCAUUCUCAUUAAAAUUGCUUGACCAUCAGAAGAGAGAAAUCAAGAUGAUUUGAAUGACAGAGACAAGUCUGUCGAUACUAUAUUUUAUAAGAUGCUUUUCUACUUCAUCUAGUACCUACUUUGAUGGGUGGACAUGUUCACAAAGCUCUAUUUCUAGCAUUUUGGUUCAUAUUGUUUUUGCAAUGUUCUAUUCUUCCAUGUUUGCAGCUGGGAAACAUCACUUGCAUUAGUUUUUUACAUUUUAAUCUGAGGGGUAUGAAAUCAUUAUUCCAA